AUGGAGAAUAAUUGUUCUAAUGAUGCUCCAAGAAAGCUUGAUAGAAAGACUAUUGAGAGGAACCGAAGAAUUCGCAUGAAAGGUCUCAUUUCUGAGCUUGCAUCUCUUGUUCCUCCUCAGCAUUUUAAACCAUCUAAGGAGAUGCUAAACCAAAAGGACCAGAUUGACCAAGUUGUUACUUAUAUCAUGCAAUUGAAAGAAAGGGUAGAGAAAUUGAACAAGAGAAAAGAGAAGUUAAAAAGCGAACAUCAAACAAAGGGUACAAAUCCCAGAAAUUCAGCCAUUCCGAGCUCAAGAAUUCCAGUUCUGAAAAUCAUGGAAAGUGAUUCAAGCUUAGAAGUUGUUUUAGUAACUGGUUUAAGGAAGAACUUUGCUUUACAUGAAGUCAUCCAGGUUCUUCAUGGACAAGGAUUGGAAGUAGUUAGUGUCAGCAUUUCUACCAUCGAGGAAAAAAUUUAUCACAUAUUGCACGCUCAGGUGAAAGUUCCCAGAUUAGGCGCUGAUACUUUGACAAUUUACGGUAGAUUGCAGAAGUUGUUUAACUAG